UGUUGUUGCUGUCGGGACAGCACCGAGGUUGGGUUCUGCCGCUGGGCGCCCUUGGGCGGAAGUCGCAGGGCCCCGGCGUGCGGCGUGCGGAGCUCUCUGCGCUACGGUGUGAGGUCGCGGGGGCCGUGCUGUGCUGCUGAGCGCUGGGGUGAGAGUCUUGUAGGAGUCGAGAGAGCGUGGUUGCUGCGUCGCGCUGCUCUCCGACCCAGCAGUGGCCUGCUAGAAGAGAAAAAGUAGAUAUAAAUGGAAAAUGAGAUCAUUCGUGGCUUGGGCUCAGUUUGGGAAGACCAGCCAUUCUCAGUCAGCCUGUCGCUUCUCACAAAAGCCAGGGGAAGCGCGUGUGUACAGUUAGCAGUGGGCACAGUCCCCAGAGCUGAUUGCCGAGCUUUGUGCAGGCAGCAAGGCUUUUAGGAUGGGAGCAUUUCAUCGCCAGCAGGCAGUCUCCUGUAGGGAACUGGAGAUGCAAAAACAAACGUCUAAAAGGCAGAUCCUAAGCCCUGGGUCCACUUUACAUGACGGCUGAGGUCCUCUGCAGAUGAGGUGGGGCAGUGCUGCCUCCGCUGAGGAUCCUACGGUCAGUGACUGGCUUCUGAGCAGAAUGAUGCUGUGUCCUUACUGGGCACUGCCCUUUGGGCCUCACUGUUGAGUUUGUUUUACAGGUUUCCUCUGGAAACCCGUAAAUUGCCGUCUCUCGUGAACAUUUCUUGGCUGACAAAGUCGUGAUGUUCUCUGGAACUGGGUAUGCCCGUGUUUAACCAUAUGGUCUCCACUUUGGAGGUUACGGAAAGUCCAGGAUGUCAGUGAGCACUCCCUGUUUCCCGUGAAUAGGCCCUGCGGGUCCGCAGAGCUUCCUGUCACUUCAGAAUCUCAAUGCCCGUGGUCCACACCUGCACUCUCACCUGACCACAGCCAGAUGGCCUCUCUGUUCAGCUGCUCUCCUGAGAAAAUCUAGACACUCAGCCAGCUUCCAGUGCCUGAGAAAACUGGCCAAGAGAAGAAACAUAUUUGCUGACAUGAAAUUGUCCCAGAAGCCCCAGACACUGAGCCCACAGGAGCAGGACGGGACAUGUGAGAGAUUGGUGACCUUUGAGGAUGUGACGGUGGACUUCAGCCAGGAGGAGUGGCGGUGCCUGGACCCUGCCCAGAGACGCCUGUACCAGGACGUGAUGCUGGAGAUCUACAGCCACCUCUUGUCAGUGGGAUAUCCUAUUCCCAGCCCUGGCGCCAUCUUCAGGAUAAAGAAAAGAAAGUCACAGAUAGGAGAGGCUAAGUCCCCACAUCAGCACUGUUGGUGUCAAGAAGUGGAAUCAAAAUUUUAUACCCCUCAACAGAAAGUUGCUGAGAAUGCAGCAUUUCAAACUAGUAAGGCAAGUGCAAUCACAAGACAUGGUUUGUGGUGCGCUAUUUUAAAGGAAUUAUGGCAAGUUCCUGACCCUACAAAAAGAGACCAGCCAAAUCAGAUCCCACCCUGGAGCCCUGGUGCUCUUCUCAACAAGAAAACACAGAGCACAGACGGAGACUCUGAAUGUAAAGAGCCUGGGAAAAACACUCCUUUGGUGUCCAGCCUUACUUCUACACAAACGGGAGUUCCAAAGUUACUUGCAAAAUGCUUCAAAUGUAACCAUGAAGCAAGUGGUGAUGAUCAAAGCAACGUCACAAAACAGCUUAAUGGUAUUGCUACAACUGGUCAGCUCUUCACACAAGACUCUGCCGAUGCCAGCUGUCUAACUCCUCACGAAGGACAGAAUUCAUGCAAAGGUAACCAGGGCAGGAAAGUUCCCAUCCAUAAACAACCACUUCCACAGCAAGAAGUCCGUUCUCAAGAGAAGCCAGAUGAUCGCACUGAGUGUGGAAAGGUCUGCUGUGACGUGCCCGCUUUGUGUGAACAGCGGGCAGCUGACACCGGCGGGAGCCCCUUCGUCUGCCGUAAGUGUGGGAAGGCCUUCCUCCGGAAGUCAGAGCUGACCUCCCAUCAAGAAACUCACACGGAGAAAGCUUAUGAGUGUCCAGACUGUGGGAAAUGCUUCAGUCGCACUUCCAACCUGCAGGUCCAUCAUCGAAUCCACACCGGAGAGAAGCCUUACGAGUGUCGUGAGUGCGGGAAGGCCUUCAACAACACCUCCCAGCUGAAGGUGCAUUCUCGAACACAUACGGGGGAGAGACCGUACGUGUGCCCCGUGUGUGGGAAAGCCUUCAAGCAGAAGUCCAUCCUCAGCACGCACGAGACGAUUCACACGGGGGAGAAGCCUUACCAGUGCGCCGCUUGUGGGAAGUUAUUCAGCUGCACGUCCCGACUGAAGGUGCAUUACCAGAUUCACGUGAAGGAGAAGCCUUACGAGUGCGGUGACUGUGGGAAAGCCUUCAAGCGGAAGUCAAGCCUCACCGUUCACCAGAAAAUCCACGUUAGACGAGGGCACCACGUGUGCAGUGAGUGUGGCAAAGAGUUCAGCCAGAGGUCAGAACUCGGCGCACACCAGAGGCUCCACCUGGCGAAGGAUUCGCACGGGUGCAGCGACUGCGGGAGGUCGUUCGCCUACGCCUCCCAGCUGAAGAUGCAUCGUCGCGUCCACACGGGGGAGAAGCCCUACAAGUGCCGGGAGUGUGGGAAGUCGUUCACCUACUCCUUCACCCUGAACGUGCACCGCCGCAUUCACAGAGUGGAGAAGCCUCACCAGUGCAGCAUCUGUGGGAAAGCCUUGGCUUCCAAGUACCAGCUCGAAGAGCACGAGCGGAUCCACACGGGAGAGAAACCUUACGUGUGCACCGGGUGCGGGAGAGGGUUUCACGGUCGCUCGGGCUUCCUGAGACACCAGAUAACUCACACCAGGGACAAGCCUUUCGCCUGUCACAAAUGCGGCAAGGCCUUCUUCCAGCGCUCACAGCUGACGUCUCAUCAGCAGACCCACACGGGGGAGAGGCCUCAUCAGUGCCGGUACUGUGGGAAAUCUUUCAGCCACACAUCCCAGCUGACAGUCCACCACCGGAUUCACACGGGGGAGAGGCCGUACAAGUGCAGCCACUGUGGGAAGGCCUUCAGCAACUCCUCCCAGCUGAAGGAGCACCUCCGGAUUCACACCGGGGAGACACCGUACGCCUGUUCUGAAUGUGGGAAGGCCUUCAGUCGGAGAUCAUCCCUCAAUCUACACACAAAAAUCCAUACUGGGGAAAAACACCAUCUGUGUGGUGAGUGUGGGAAAGCCUUCAGUCAGAAGUCGGUACUUCGGACACACCAGAGAACACACACUGGGGAAAAGCCUUACAAAUGCAGUGAGUGUGGGAAAGCCUUGGCUUCAAAGGGCCAACUCCGAGAUCAUGAGCGAAUCCACACGGGCGAGAAACCCUAUGUGUGCGCCGAGUGUGGCAAGGGUUUCUUUGGCAGGUCAUCUUUGCACAGACACCAGGUCACUCACACUAAGGAGAGACCUUUUGUCUGUCAAAAAUGUGGGAAAGGCUUCAUCCAGAAGUCAGCACUGACAUCUCAUCAGCAGAUUCAUACAGGCCAGAAACCCUACGUGUGCCCCGAAUGUGGGAAGGGCUUCUACAAUAAGUCGUCUUUGCCUAGACAUCAGAUGACUCACAGUAGGGGGAGGUCUUUCGUCUGCCAAAAGUGUGGGAAGGCGUUCCUUCAGAAGUCUGUGUUGAAGUGCCAUCAGCGGACUCACGCUUGCAAGAAGCUGUAGGAAUGCCACAGGAAAUUGUUCCAUAAUGCAUCCCGUUGAUUAAGGUCCAUCAUCCUUCCCACAUAGAAGUGCGGAGAAGACUGGAAGCCAUCUGGCAGUGUGUCCCAGCUAGAUGAGCAGCUCUGCAUUCAUACUGGGGAAAGGUCCUCGUGUGUUCCGAAUGUCUGAAGGCCUCCAACAGAACGAUCAGAAUAAAUGCCAAGCAAUUUAUGCCAGAGACAAUUCCUUUAGGUUCAGUUCCAAGAAAUGUGUUCAUAGUCGGCAAACAUAUUCCUCGCUGAAGUUUCAUCCUUCAAUUACUUGAAGAGAACUUACUGUACAUUAUAGCUCUGUACUUUAGAGAUCUAGAUGUACACUGCUGGUUUAUAAACAUAUUAUUUGUAGGAGACAUUUGUAGUAUGAUUAUGGAUUUUAUCCUAGGAGGAAACCCUAAAGCAAUGGGCUGAGAAAAGUUACUGUAUAGAAAAUGACAGAAGACACAUUGUUACCAGACUGUAGAAAAGUUCUUGGAAUUUUCUAUCAACAGUAUCACUAUUUAUUGUGGGAUAAUAAUAUUUUUAUAAUGCAAAAAAAGGAACUGAUAAAGACAGUGAUCUCUGUCAA